CCUCUACGCCGCUGAUGACAACUUUAAACACUUCCUCUUCAGUUCCAGCUACUGCUACUGAAUACUCUUCAUUUGCGCCCACAGGUUUCGUCCAUAGCUUUAUUUAUUUCUCCUUUAUGUUUCCUUUUUCUUUGAUUCUUUUCUGUUUUCGUUUAUUCCGACUGGCAUGUCUUAUCAUCUGACUUGUUUUUGUUAUUUAUUUAAAGAUUUGCUUUCUUUUAAAAAAUCUUUAUUUUAGUACUAUUAUACGGUUCUUCGUGUUUCAUGUCUUGUGUAUUUAAGGUGUAUUUAUAGCAUAUUUAGAAAAUGUAUUUAUAAUGUGCUAAGAAGAUGUAUUUGUUAUACAUUAUUUAUGUAUAUGAGAGCAUUCUGUACAGAAAAAUGACUUAUUUACAGUGACGAUGCAGAUCAUACACAAAACGAUGUAUUUUUAUUUCAAAACCUACUAAUUUAAGAUCAUUCGAGCAAACCUAAAUUAGUUAUGAGAAAUAAUCUUAAAAUUAACUUUGAAAUCUUAUUCAAUCCCAAAUUCAUAUCUUUCUGGGUUAAAAAAAGACAUAUGGAAACUAUUUUCCUCUCAUAAAGUAACCUUUACUUUUGUCUGUGAAGAGACUGUCAGUGUGGCAGGUCCUGUGGCUGGCGCUGCUGUCGGGUGUGCUGUCGUCUUUUUUAUUAUCGGUGCUGUCUUCGGCUGGUGGUUAAGAAAAUCACGGUUUCAGCAACCGUCUGCAAAUGGCUCUUCACCUUGUGGAAUCUCGAUGACAAGUGACACGGGAACAUCCAGGUCAACAUCUCGCUCCGACAAGAAGGUAGACACUACACCCGACUACACCACCAACGUCUACGACGCACUCAAAGCCCGUGAUGACAACAACACAACAGCUUACACAUCUCUUAACUUCCACACUGAUGUCCACAGAUGAGAGUAACACAAAUGGAGAGUCAACAACUCGUUGUCUACAGUCAGUUUGUCCAGAUAUGGGGAAAUGAUUCCCUAUAAUAUGAUAAGUCUUUAAAAUAGAGUAUUUCUCUGUGUUCAUUUUGUACUUGUAUUUUGUGUAAAUGUUACUUACUAUAUCUUCUGUAACUGUAAAAAGGCACAUGUGUUACAAUGUAAAUAUUUUUGUGUUGAUGACAAUCCUGUUUAUACUAUACAGUUUAUGUGUAUAUAGCUUUGAUGGUUUUGUAAUGCUCCCUCUUGAAACGGGUCGACGCCCUAUUCAAUAAAGUGAUUUUGAUAUUUUAAAUGUCAGCAGCAGGGGGGACAGUGUGGGCUGUUCUCACUCCUUGUUUGUGUUAUCGCCUUUUGUAUGUAAACAGUCAGCGGUCAGCACAGUCGCCAUCUUAUUUCAUUGCCACCUUGAAAAUUGUCUCCCUUUCACAUGACAAAAAUGUUCAUCGCAUUUAAUGUUUGACCAUGCAACAUGUGCUAAAGUCUUUUUAAAUUACAAUUAAGAUUAACUAAAGGUUAUCUCCCUUUGUUUAUUGUGUCUGCCCCUAUCUUGCAGCAGCAGCAGCUAGAAUGUUUUUCGAGAAGACACUUGUUAGCUAUACCUCAUUCUUGCAUUUCUUCAGGAGCUUGAAGAUGCUUGUUUACCUGUGGCUAAAGAUGAACUUGUACGAACAUUUUGACAGUGGCAUGUGAUAUAUGAUAACCCUUGACAUCACUACAAGUAUUAUUUGUGUCUAUCACUUACACGGCCACAGGCAGAGGUUAGGCGAGUCAACAUAACAUUUGAUUACUUUCCAUCUCCUUCACUUUUUCUGCCUUACAUCACCUGCAUUAAAACUUUAACCUAUGGUUACAUACACUUAUGGUACUAAUGAUUAGAUUUUAAUGUUUUGUCUAUUGUUAGCUGUAAUUAAUUUGAGAGUACCCGCGAUAAUUUUGAACCAAACGAACCAAACCCAUCAUAUAGGAGCAGUGACUUAUUUAAAUCAAAUUUACCGAGCAGACAAUAAUUUUGAAGACGAGAAUUUCAGAAUUCAUACGUGCAACACAAACAAUGAGAAAGUAGAGCUGAAAAUGUUCUUCAUGUAUUUGCUAAUUUUUGCCCUCAAUACCAGAUGUCGCCUCAUGUAUGAUGAGUGUUUGAUGCAAACAAAGUUGUUACCUUGUGAGAUGAAUGUCGUAUCAUUUUCAUGCAAAAGUCUGUUUGUACACUGGUAGACAACAGUUUCUUUGUUCAUCGCCCUUGUUAAACGUUUUCUUACACGAGAUUUUGCGUCUAUCGCAUUCCCAUGAGCACAUAACUUGAACUUAGAUAUACACGCACACACACACAUAAACAAAUACAAAAGGAACCAUACUAUAAUGUACGAGAAUUAAAAGAGAGCAAUCAGAAUCUCAAAACUUCAGUGUGUAUUAUCAUAUUAGUUUUAGUGUUCGAUAUUUAGAGAAAAUGUUUCCAGUACCCGAAUGUAAAUUAGACAUAAUGGUGACACAAAAAAAGAGUCUAACCUGGUCAGACAACCGGACUAUACGGAACAAAGUUAUAUUGUGAUCUGAGCUGCAUGUCGUAUAUCCAGGGCUUUUUUUUACAGUUGUGAAGUAAAUAAUCUGUCCAUUCAUCGCCUCUUCUGCGCAACUUGUUCCGCAAAUUUACUGAACACACACAGGCACACACAAACCACAACCUUAAAAGUGUCAGCUGAAAUCUCAUAACUGCAGUGUGUGGUAUUUACAGACAUAUUGCCAGGUAUCUGUCUGUACAUUUGAUGAAAAAUGUUUAUCGCUGCUAAGGGUCCCAUUGAAAGGGGAAUUUCACGACAGGUCAGGGACAAGGAAGUAAUAAGAGGAGGGACUUGUUGAUCAUGGCGGACUGUAGGUGUGUACAGGUGUUUAUGUUCUGUGUCUUUAUACAAAUAUUCCUUCUGUGUGUUGCCCAGGACACACACAUGAAAAAUGUGGCACAAAACAAACCAUGUGGCACAAGCUCCUUGUACAGUACCUCUAACAACUGCUCAGCAGCUUUAAAUGGAAACACAAACACUAUUUACCAAGAAAAUCCACCCAACUGUAUCCACACCGCGGAGCUCGACACGUCACCUUUCUGGUGGGUGGACCUGGGAGAGAAGGUCAUCAUCACCAUGAUCACGAUCUACGGACGGACAGACUUUAUAGAGAGAAUGCGUUGUGUUAACGUGUCUGUCGAUGGAGUUGUCAUCGAAAGAUUCACAGAUGUGAGUGGUUGGACCAAUGAUAAAUACACCAUCCCAGUGCUUCGUGGUGGGCGAGUGGUCAACAUCACUAAAGACUGUGACAGCAUGGGACUUACGAUAAACAUCUGUGAGGUACAGGUGUGGGAAUGUGUUGAUGGAUAUUAUGGAACCGACUGCUCACAGACCUGUGGAAAGUGUGACAAAAAUUAUGUCUGUAACAAGACAUCAGGCUGGUGUACAUCAUGUCAAACAGGAUUCAAUUCUCCUCUCUGUAAUGAAUGUGCUAAUGGUUGGUAUGGAACCAACUGCUCACAGACCUGUGGAAACUGUCGCAGUAAUUCUGUCUGUGACAAGACGACAGGCUGGUGUACAUCAUGUCAAACAGGAUUCAACAUUCCACACUGCAAAGAAUGUGUUGACGGUAGGUAUGGAGCUGACUGCUCAAAGAUCUGUGGAAACUGUAUCAUUGCUUCUGAUUGUGACAAGACGACAGGCAGGUGUACAUCAUGUAAAACAGGAUUCAGUCUACCAAACUGUACAGAUUGUGAGAACGGUUGGUAUGGAAACAAUUGUGCUGAAAAGUGUGGACAUUGUGUGGGAGGUAGCUCUACCUGUGACAAGAUCAACGGAAGUUGUCCCUCCUGUGACGGGGCAUUCAAACCUCCUUUGUGUAAAGACAAUUGUGAGAAAGGUUAUUAUGGACACAACUGUGGUGAAACGUGUGGACAUUGUACGGGAGGUAACUCUACCUGUGACAAUAUAAACGGAAGUUGUCCCUCCUGUGACGGGGCAUUUCAACCACCUCUGUGUAAAGACAAUCUUUCCUCAGAGCCCCCGAUGACAACUUUAAGUACUACGUCUUCAGUUAAAACCACUGCCACUGAAUACCCUUCAUUUUCGUCCACAGUGGGGAUGUCAUGUGACAAUGACAAAGAGACUGUCAGUGUGGCAGGUCCUGUGGCUGGCGCUGCUGUCGGCUCUGGUGUCUUCUUUUUUAUUAUCGGUGUUGUCGUAGGCUGGUGGUUAAGAAAAUCACGGUCUCAACAACCAUCUGCAAAUGACUCUUCACCUUAUGAAAUCCCGAUGAUGGGUGACACAGGAACCUCUUGGUCAACAUCUCGCCCUGACGACAAGGUAGACAAUACACCCGACUACACCAACAUCGGCUACAGCACCGACGUCUACGACGCUCUCAAAGCCCCUGACGACAACAACACAACACCUUACACGUCUCUUGGAUUCAAUACUAAGGCCCACCGAUGAGAGUAACACAAACGAAGAGACACCAACUCGUUGUCUGCAGUCAGUUUGUCCAGAUAUGGCGCAGUGACUACAAAUAUAUUCCACAAUAGGUGGAUGGUUCUUUUACAUUUGUCGUCUUUCCUAAGGUCAUUUGAUUGUAAUAUUACAAUUUAUUAUUAAUAUUUUAAUAUUAGUGCUCCACACUUCUUGGUGCAAUCUUUAUACUCAUGUUGGACUUUUUUACCGAUCUUCACCUACGUCUGUGACAGCCAAACGUUUUGACUUAUCUGUGACAAAGCAGAGAUGAUGAUGAUGAUGAUGAUGAUGAUGAUGAUGAUGAUGAUGAUGAUGAUGAUGAUUGAUGAUUGAUGAUUGAUGAUGAUGAUGAUGAUGUAGUGGUUAAAAUACUCGAUGUCACCACUGCAGUGAGCUGCUCAGGGUUCAAAUCUCGUCUCGAGAUGUGUAACUGUAGCUGUCUAUAGGUCCAGUCUACGCAGCCGGAAGAUGGGCCGUGAGUGUUUUGGGUAAUACCUCAGACUGAUGGGCUUGUCAGAUGCCAUGAGACUUUUUGUUUUGUGACUUGUUCAAUCUACUGAUAUCCUGGAGCAUAUGGCCCAGGAAAACCCCAGCAGACAUCGUUUGGUAUGUUGAGCUAUGAGGUCGCUCGUCCCCUGAGACAGUGUCAUUUAGUGGAUAAUGUAUGUCGCCAAGUGGAAAUGUUUUGCUUGGGAGAUUGUUUUUAAGAUUUAAGAUAAGUUGUGAAUGUGGAAGAUAUAUAUCUAUACAGAGAGAGAGAUUUUUGUAAUAUUAGUUCCCAGAGACAGUGAAAGUGCCGAACUUUACACUUUGUUAUUCCGAAGUUGAACAUCAAGAAAAGGAACUUUCUCUCAGGACUGGUUUUAGAAUUAAAUAUCAUUAAUAAGUAAUAAUAACAUACCUUAGAUAGUAGUAAGGGUUAACGGAGGUAUGUUUAGUUUUGUUUAGUUUAGUUUAGUUUAGUUUAGUUUAGUUUAGUUUAGUUUAGUUUAGUUUAGUUUAGUUUAGUUUAGUUCUUGAUACUCCUCCAGGAGCAUAGGGCCUCAACAACACCUCGCCAGGGAACCAGGUUUUGGGCAGCACCAUUCAGUUGGGCCCAUGUAUGUUUACUAGGGAUUUACUGUUAACACUUUUUUGUGUAUUUUUAUUGAAGAGUAUUAAAUGUAUACAAAC